AUGGAGGUGUACCUGACCAAUGUACCCAAAGUCCUGACGGACGACAAGCUCCGGGAUGAGCUUGAGCCUUAUGUCAACGCCCUUGGCAUUCUCGACUGGCAUUGCGAGAAGCCCUUCAACAAGACCCAUGCCUGGGUUACCUUCCUCAACGAGGCGGACGGCAAGAAAUUUCUCCAGAAGCAUGAAAAGAUUCCCAUGGUCCCGAACCAGCUCUGGGGCCCUCCAUUUUCCAAUGCUCGUGUUCACUCUCGCACAAAGGAUAAGGCACGGCUAGAAAUCCUCAAGACACCCAUAUAUGUCAAGAAGAGCAAGAAUGAUGCCGACGGAUCUAUCAUCAGUCACCUCAAGGUCCAGAAACAUGAACGGAAAUCGGUCGAGCGAAAGUCAGUUGCUGUCGAUAACAACCCAAAAGCGCGUUCUAUCAGCACCAACUUUCGUCUCAUUGCAUGCGGCAAGAAUAUGUUUGACGAGCACUCUGACGCCCUGAUAUUCAUCGAACAAUGCAGCCUUGACCAUAGGGGCGCAGCGACGUUUCUUCGCCGUACCUUGAGGCUUGACCUCCAGGGCGAAGGAAACUACCGCCUUUACGUUCCUUACGACACCAUCCAGGAUCUGGUGGCUGAUGCGUCUGGUGUAUCAAUGACCCUCGUCUUGACUGAGGCGCCCAGGUUCUACGUCAAAGCACCCUCAACCUAUUUCCCUUCACCGAAGACGAAGUGGAUGAGACAACCAGCUCUGGACAUGUGGCCUGCCCACAGCAAGUACGUGGCUCACUGCUUGGUCUACCGCAUUACGCUUUCAUCACACUAUGUGGACGUUCUCGAAAGUCUGAGGGCUCGAAAGGUCAUCGUCAUCACAAGGCAGCAUCUGCCCGUCCGACGGAACCCUCGGCCGCAUGAAGAGGACUAUACCACCUGCAUGAGCACGUUCGAGGGAUCAAUCCGCUCCGCCAGCGCUUCGCGAGAUCGACUCCUCCCGUUUGUUGUUCUAUUUCAGCUGCAGGGAUUGGUGUGGAACAAUUACUUGCAUCCAGCGACGGCACUCAAGAUGCUGGAAGUCAUGGAAAGACUUGCCAAGGAAUACAAGAGGUCGAAUAUCCCCCUUCCUUUCACCGCUGAUUCGAUGAAGAUCCUCUUUCAAAAGAUUCCAUAUCCGUGUCCCGGAACAGAUUCCCAAGACCUCUCCCCCGAACAUUUGGUCGCCAGUAUCGUAGAAACUGAGCAACUGCGUCGAGAAGAGGAUACCAACAGGACCGCGCCUUACGGUCCUCCAAUACCUGAUUCACAGACCUGGGUGCUGAAAGCGGUAGUCACGCCAACACGCAUCAUGCUGCAAGGACCUGACGCCGAGAACAACAACAGGGUCCUGCGGAUGUUUCCACACCAUUCUGACUACCUUCUCCGAGUCAUCUUUAGCGACGAAGACGGGCAAGAUCUGGCCCUGUUUCCCAGCGUCGACAACUCGGCCAUCUUUGGACGAUACAGGAAAGUUCUCAAGGACGGCAUACAGGUAGCCGGUCGCAAGUAUGAAUUCCUAGGAUUCUCCCACUCCUCACUACGCUCCCACUCGGCCUGGUUCUGCGCGCCAUUCAUCGACAACAUGCAACUCCACAACAACGAGUCCAUCAUCAAUUCCCUAGGCGACUUUAGCGAGAUCCGCAUCCCAGCCAAGUGUGCCGCACGUAUUGGGCAAGCCUUUUCCGAAACGCCCUACGCAGUUGAUAUCCUCAAGUGCGGCAUCGGAAUCAAGUACAUUCCCGACGUCAAGACAGCAGACGGAAGCAGAGUCUUCAGCGACGGGUGUGGCACAAUCUCGUGGGAUGCCAUCGAGGAGAUCUGGGAGCAUCUGCCGAUGACGUCGACUCCCACUUGCCUCCAGGUUCGCCUCGGCGGCAUCAAGGGAAUGCUGUCGCUCGACUCCAGACUUAAGGGCAAGGUGAUUUGCAUCCGAAAAGAGUCCAUGAUGAAGUUUUCGAGCAGUGAUCAAACCAUGCUGGGGAUCUGUGAUACGGCUUCGAAGCCACUGCGCUUUGUUCUGAAUCGCCAGAUAAUCAAGAUCUUGGAAGACAUGGGAACGAACGCCGAGUGGUUCAUUGAUCAGCAGAAUAAGGCGCUCGAUGUACUUCGAAACGUAACUGCCACGGCGGUAAACACCAGCACGUUUUUGGAGUAUCAACUGGUGGGCACCACCGUGGGCCUACCCAAGCUUAUCAAAUACCUGAGCAAGAUUGGCGUCGACUACAGGCGAGACAACUUCAUGAAGACAGUGGUAGACCAUACCAUCCUGGAGGAGUUGAGGCUGCUGAAGCACAAGGCACGAAUUCCUGUGGAUCAAGGCGUCACUCUCUUUGGCAUCAUGGAUGAAACAGGCUUUCUCGAGGAGGGCGAGAUUUACGUUACCUUUGAUCAGCAAUAUGACAAGGUCCAGGGUCGAGUCAAACAUUCUCUCAAGGACGGACUCGUGCUCAUAACGCGCUCACCGGCCCUGCACCCCGGAGACAUUCAGCCAGCUCAGAUGCGGACGCCGCCAGAGGGACAUCCACUCCACGAUCUGAAGAACUGUGUCGUCUUCAGCCAAAAGGGAACACGCGAUUUACCGAGCCAGCUAAGUGGAGGGGAUCUCGAUGGCGACUUGUAUAAUAUCUUUUGGGACCCCCGGGUCAUUCCAAAGCAGUUUUUUACGGCAGCCUCCUAUCCGAGAGUCAUCCCGCCCCCACUCGACCGAGCGGUGACAAGAGACGACAUUGCAGAUUUCUUUGUCACGUUCAUGGAGACUGAUAUCCUGGGCAUGAUUGCCAACAGGCAUCAGGUUUCUGCCGACGCCAAAGAAGAGGGUACUCUUCACCAGGAGUGCAUCAAGCUCGCCGAGCUGCAUUCCACCGCUGUUGACUACUCCAAGACGGGGAUUCCAGUGACGGUGCAACAACUGCCCAAGGCGCCGCGUAUGCGACCCGAUUUCAUGGCGCCAGCUCCGCCCGCUCACUUGUAUGAUCGUGACGAAGUAGACCAUAUCGGAGAUCCCGAUUCUGAUGACGAUGAUGAAGACGGUUUGGGUGUUAGCAAGCCGAGAUAUUACAAGUCACUCAAAAUAUUGGGCGAGUUGUAUCGUGGCGUGGAUGAGAAGAAAAUUUGGGGCAAAGAUGUCCAGCGUCCAAUCGACAAGAGUGGUCCGUCUGUAUGGGUUCGUUUACACGAGCACGUCCGCGCUGCCCUCCAAGACGAAGGAUAUGCCCCCUCGGAUAUUGAUUACACUCGCCGAAUUGACGAGGCAUGGAAGCUUCGUGAAUUGUACGAGGGCGAGGUCGUCGAUAACAUGUACCGAUUUUCGGAUAGUCCUCGAGCCCCCAUCAAGGAAGUAGACGUGUUUUGCGGGUCGAUUCUCAACCCCCGAGGUAGUCAGACGAGGCGCCAACGAGACUCGUCCAUCAAGUUGAAAGAAGAAAUGGACAGAGUCAUGAGUUUCUAUGUAAAGCAAAUGCGGGAUCGCGGAGGCGCCAGCGAUACAGCGGAUGACGCGGCGUCAACGGCGGCUGAAGAGGUCGCCCGGAGCGAGAGAGAGACAAUGAAUGCCGUGGAACUUUGCUGGGCUUGCGUAAUUGUGGGCAGCGAAGCGGUCCAUGGCCGGGGCUACAUGGGAGAUCAGAAGCCGCUCGAAAGCUUCAGAGUGGUGGCGGCAAGCUGUCUUGUGAAGGAGCUAAACGAGCUCUUGACGAGGAAGAGACUUGGAAGGGUAGGAGGCUUUGUCGGAGUU